GGGAGCGGGGCGGCGGGAGGAGCGGGGUCGAGCGAUCCGGCGCGACCCGGGCUGAGCCAGCAACAGCGGGCGAGCCAGCGCAAGGCGCAGGUGCGGGGGUUCCCCCGCGGCAAGAAGCUGGAGAAGCUGGGGGUCUUCUCGGCCUGCAAGGCCAAUGAUGCCUGCAAGUGCAAUGGCUGGAAGAACCCCAACCCUCCCACCGCCCCUCGCAUGGACCUGCAGCAGCCGGUGACCAACCUGAGCGAGCCCUGCCGGAGCUGCAGCCAUGCACUGGCGGACCACGUGUCCCACCUGGAGAAUGUCUCAGAGGAGGAGAUCAACCGGCUGCUGGGCAUGGUGGUGGACGUGGAAAACCUCUUUAUGUCGGUGCACAAGGAGGAGGACACGGACACCAAGCAGGUGUAUUUCUACCUGUUCAAGCUCCUGCGGAAAUGCAUCCUGCAGAUGAGCCAGCCUGUGGUCGAGGGGUCCCUGGGGAGCCCCCCCUUUGAGAAACCAAACAUUGAGCAGGGAGUCCUCAACUUCGUCCAGUACAAGUUCAGCCACUUGCCACCCAAGGAGCGGCAGACCAUGUACGAACUCUCCAAGAUGUUCCUGCUCUGCCUCAACUACUGGAAGCUGGAGACGCCCUCCCAGUUUCGGCAGCGCUCCCAGAAUGACGAUGUGGCCACCUACAAGGUCAACUACACAAGGUGGCUGUGCUACUGCCAUGUGCCACAAAGCUGCGACAGCCUUCCCCGCUACGAGACCACCCACGUCUUCGGGCGCAGUCUCCUGAAGUCCAUCUUCACAGUCACCCGCCGGCAGCUGCUGGAGAAGUUCCGGGUGGAGAAGGACAAGCUGGUGCCAGAAAAGCGGACGCUGAUCCUCACCCACUUCCCCAAGUUCCUGUCCAUGCUGGAGGAGGAGAUCUACGGCGAGAACUCUCCCAUCUGGGAGGCUGAUUUCACCGUGCCAGCUGCAGAGGGUGCCCAGCUGGUGUCUCGCCCAGCCGCGGUCAGCACCGUCGCCGUGCCCACCACUCCGCUCUUCAGCAAGAAGCUCAGCAACAGCAGCUCUGCAGUGAGCAUGGAUGCCAGCACCCCGGAGCCCCUGCCAGGGGAGAAGCGGAAGCUGCCUGAGAGCCUGACACUGGAAGAUGCCAAGCGGAUCCGUGUCAUGGGAGACAUCCCCAUGGAGCUGGUGAACGAGGUCAUGCUGACCAUCACGGACCCCGCUGCCAUGCUGGGCCCCGAGACCAGCCUGCUGUCGGCAAAUGCGGCACGGGACGAGACGGCCCGGCUGGAGGAGCGCCGCGGCAUCAUCGAGUUCCACGUCAUCGGCAACUCGCUCUCGCAGAAGUCCAACAAGAAGAUCCUGAUGUGGCUGGUGGGCUUGCAGAAUGUCUUCUCGCACCAGCUGCCCCGCAUGCCCAAGGAGUACAUCACCCGCCUCGUCUUUGACCCGAAGCACAAGACCCUGGCACUGAUCAAGGACGGCCGAGUGAUCGGGGGGAUCUGCUUCCGCAUGUUCCCCACCCAGGGCUUCACGGAGAUCGUCUUCUGCGCUGUCACAUCCAACGAGCAAGUGAAGGGCUAUGGGACACACCUGAUGAACCACCUGAAGGAGUACCACAUCAAGCACAACAUCCUCUACUUCCUCACCUAUGCGGACGAGUAUGCCAUCGGCUACUUCAAGAAGCAGGGCUUUUCCAAGGACAUCAAGGUCCCCAAGAGCCGCUACCUGGGCUACAUCAAGGACUACGAGGGGGCAACCCUGAUGGAGUGUGAGCUGAACCCCCGCAUCCCCUACACCGAGCUCUCCCACAUCAUCAAGAAGCAGAAGGAGAUCAUCAAGAAGCUGAUUGAGAGGAAGCAGGCGCAGAUCCGCAAGGUCUACCCUGGCCUGACCUGCUUCAAGGAGGGUGUGCGGCAGAUCCCCAUCGAGAGCGUCCCCGGCAUCCGAGAAACGGGAUGGAAACCACUGGGGAAGGAGAAGGGAAAAGAGCUGAAGGAUCCGGACCAGCUCUACAACACCCUGAAGAACCUCCUGGCCCAGAUCAAGACCCACCCCAGCGCGUGGCCUUUCAUGGAGCCAGUGAAGAAGUCGGAGGCGCCAGACUACUAUGAAAUCAUCCGCUUCCCCAUCGACCUGAAGACCAUGACCGAGCGCCUGAAGAACCGGUACUACGUCACCAAGAAGCUGUUCAUUGCCGACCUGCAGCGCAUCAUCACCAACUGCCGCGAGUACAACCCGCCUGACAGUGACUACUGCAAGUGUGCCAACACCCUGGAGAAGUUCUUCUACUUCAAGCUCAAGGAGGGGGGGCUCAUCGACAAGUAGGGGAGCUGGCCUCGACCCGCCUUGGCCACUGGCCCCCCCAUGAGAGGGACAGGGCUGCCUGUGGGCCCCAGCCCCGCUCCGUGGGCAGGGGUUACUGGAGGGUUUGUUGGUGCUGAGCAGCCUGGGGAAGCUGGGCCUUCCCUUGGGGGGGCCAGCAAGGUGGUGUAGGGGGUGCCUGGUGCUUUUAUCCUGAGCUGGUGGCUGCCUCGCCUGGGGGUGUGUGAGCAGCAGGGCUGGAGCCGCCUCAUCGGGAUCUGCCGGGGGCAGGG